AUGAGAAGGGGAAUUUACAAGAAAGAAAAAGAAAAACAGAAAAAAAAGCUUCUUGAAGAACUGGGAGACAAUAGACUUCCAUAUGUGACACCAGCCGAUGCUGAUUUCCAUCAAUUGUGGAAGACCAAAUACUCCAAGCUGAUUUUUAGAAAAUCUGAUACAGUACCUGAAGAGCUCCAUCAAAUGGUACAAGAAGGCUUUCUGACCUUGCAAAAACACGAUUGUUUCUUUCGAGAUCUUGUAAGGAUCAAAGGAAAAGAUUUUGUUACCCCAGUGUCUCGUAUAUUAAUUGGAAACCCAGGAUGUACUUACAAGUACUUGAACACAAGAUUAUUUACAGUUCCUUGGCCUAUCAAAGGUUAUGAUAUAAAAUAUUGCAGUCCUCAAAUACAUGAUGCUUGUAAAGCAUUAAUUGGACUUAAUGACUACUUGCAUAUUGAAGCAGUCAAGGCAUUACAAGGACAAAAUUUGUUUGAGACCACAGAAAUUAAAGAUACUACUGUAAUAGAUAGGGAGCAAAAUUUUGCUACUUCUCUUACGGCGAAAGGGUCUGUUUCAAAAGAUCAAAGCAGUUGCUGUGCACCAGAGGAUGACUACAUAAGUCUAAAGAACAGAACAUCCUAUAACUUGACUUUAUUAAAUUAUAUGGAUCCACUACAAAUGCUGUACUUGAAACAAGAACCUUAUUUUGGAAUGGGGAACAUGGCAGUGAGCUGGCACCAUGACGAGAAUCUGGUUGAAAGGUCAACGGUUGCUGUGUACAGUUACAGCUGUGAAGGUACAGCCGUGGAAGAAAGUAAUGAACAAAAACUGAAGGGAAGAGACCCAGCUGUUUGGCAUGUAGGGUUGAAGGUAGCAUGGGACAUAGAGACACCUGGAUUAGCCAUACCACUUCACCAAGGAGACUUCUACUUGAUGCUUGAUGAUCUCAAUAUGACACAUCAGCACUGUGUUCUGGCUGGUUUUUCACCUCGGUUCAGCUCAACUCACAGAGUGGCAGAUUGUUCAAAAGGAACAUUGGAAUACAUAUUUGGACAAUGUGAACUUGCACUCCAGAAUUUACAGACUGAUUCUGAUUCAAUGGAUUUAUCUUUGAAAUCACUGGAAACUGCAGUUGUAAAGCAAGUAGAAGAAAUACAUAAUGAG